AUGAAGUUCUUCAGCCCUGCUUUAAACGCGACGUUAGCAGGUCUUUUACAACUCGUAAUUGCCGAGAAGAGAAUUCCACAUUAUAUAUGUAAUUGUGGUCAAAUAUUUAAACUUUCAUUGGUUCGAGAUAUCGCAUCGAAUAUUUCUUUUGAGCUAUCGAGGACUAUUGUUCCGCCUGUUCCCGAGCCUCAAAAUCGUGAGUCAUAUGCAUUUGAAUUUGAAAAUAAAAAGCUAGGUUUACACCGGUAUUUAGUUCAACAAAGCGGAAUACUACAGGCAACCUCUUUCUUCGAGUUGGUUGGCACAAACUGGGAGGAGUGUGAUUUCAAUAUAUAUUAG